GUGUUGUUACAGAUGCCUAAGUUGCUUGUUCCGUUCAGUGAUCACUUUCCUGGUCGAGUGACAUAUCGGGGUAGUAGUACUUUAAAUCACAUUAAGACCAGGUUUUUGGAGCUCGGGCUGCUUGAAAGGGCUAAGGAAUCCCCUUUCAAGCAAUUCUUUUUGGCUUCGGAGUUUAAUUUCUCCGGAGUCUUGGUGCAUCAACUGUUGCUGAGGAAAAUCGCCAGCAACAACGAAGAUGAGGUGCAUUUUUUCUUGGGGUCGAAGUCUUGUAGAUUCGGCAUGGGAGAGUUUGCCCUGGUGACGGGGUUGGAUUUCAGUGCCUUCCCGUCACCAGAAGAGUUGGAAGGGCGUAAUCUCAACGACCGGUUGAUAAAGGAGUAUUUCAACGAUGCUGAGAAAGUAAAGCUGUCACAGGUGGACCAUGCUUUCAAGACUUGUACGGUUGUGGAAGAUGUGUACAAGCUUGGUCUAUGUCUGUUUGUUGAGGGGGUUCUGAAUGCCAUUGAGGGCAAGCUGCACAUUUGGCGAGAUAUUCUAAAAAUUGUUGAGAAUGUAGAGUACUUCUUCAGCUAUCCAUGGGGGAAGUACUCUUAUAGGAGGCUAUUGCAUUCUUGUAAGAAGGACAUGGUGAAGCAAAAUGCCAACUAUGAUGCCAAGAAGGAUGCCAAGGUGCAGCAAGAGUCCAAAUACAGUAUGUAAGGUUAUGCCCCCGCCUUACAGUACUGGGCAUAUGAGGCUAUCCAACAGCUUGCGGUGGAGCUUGUUGUGAGCUCGGGAAGCAUGUUCCCGAGGAUGCUUAGCUGGUCGCAUCGGAGGAACAAGGAUUUCACCAAGUCCGUCAUCGCACCGAUAUUAUUGAAGAAGAAUGUAAGUUAUGUUGUUUUUUUUUUAUCUAUAUGCUUAUCUUUUAUCAUUAUUUGAGUUAACCAAAUGUUUUAUGUUGUUUGCAGUUAAUUAUUCUUCUGAUGUUGAAGCCUCGGCCAGCAGAAAAAGACUAUUACUUGUCUUUGACUAAGGGAGAUCUUCCCCUUUAUCUUGGGCUUGGCCAGGAUCCCUCGGAGACUGAUGAGGAGGAGGAUGCGACUUUUGAGAAAAUGGCAGAGAAAGUUUCUCAGGCUGCCGAGGCAGCCAAGAUAUUUGUUGAUGCUGCCCCGGGGGAGGAGGUUGCAGGUCCCACCCCUCCUAUUGCCCCAGCCUCAGCCCCAGCCUCAACCUGUACCCCAACAUCAGCCCCAGCCUCAGCGUCAGCCCCAACACCAACCCCAACACCAGCCUCAGCCUCAGCCCCUGAGCUAGCCGACUUGAUUGAGCGGUUGGACAGAGUCGAGGGUCAACAGGAGACCCUCUUGAAGAACCAGUCAGUGAUCUUGGACGUACUCAGUCAGAUCCUGACAUUUGUUAAGGAGAAACCAAGGGGCUCCAAUGAAGAUUCAGACUCAGAGUCAUUGGAUAUUCCGCUAGACUAUGUUGAUGAUCCAACGACGCCUCCUAACAUCAUUGUGACACCUGAUGCUGAGACUCCGGGAGUUGUUAUUGUCGAACCUGAGGAUGUUGCUGGGGUUCAGUUUCAGAGGGCUAGACGCAAGCCAGAUUGGUUUGAGGACUAUACGGAUCCCACGAGGAAAAGACCUCGCACUGAUGCAACUGCACCAGCAGACGAGGCUACACAUGUGCUGGACCCUCUCAAGAAGCCAGAUCCCAAACAGUAUAGGACAAUGUGCAAGUGGCUUCUUGGAGACAUGCCCAACAAGACCCCGCAGGAUGUAAAGACUGGGAGUCACGGUCCAGCGUGGUUUCUGAUGUUGAAGACACCCCAAUCCUGGCUCAAUGAUGGGCAUAUUGAUGCGGCAGAACACAUGCUUCGUAUGCGUCGCAAGUAUUUUCCCAAUAUAUAUCGAUAGAAUGCAGUUGUGAUGAACAGUUAUUUCUCACAAGUGAUACCUGCCCGAUAUGAUCAGUUCAAGAAAACAGCCGACAAAACAAAGUAUUAUUGGGAUGCUAACAUUAUGUCCAUGUUGACCGGCAUCGAGCAGCAGCAUCUGGCAUCUUGGGGAGGAGUUGAGGAUGUAUAUUGGUGCCAGAACUAUGGACAACAACAUUGGUUUGCCAUUGAGGCUUCCAUUUCUAGUUGGACUCUGACUGUUUACGAUUCAGACAACUCGGUGAUUAGUGACGCAAAGCUUGAGGAUAUUAUGAGUCCAUGGUGCUUUAUGCUACCUUCUCUGUUAAUGCAGAGUAAACUGUUUACUGAUAGCUUGAUAUUGAAGAUUCCAUCAGCAGGAAAUAGGCCGCAUCAGUUCACAUUGCGUCGCAAACAGAAACACGAGCUCCCUCAGUCAAAGAGAAGUGGGGAUUGUGGUGUGUAUGCUAUCAAGUAUAUUGAGCAUCUAAUGGUCGGUCUUCCAUUGGAAGCUAUCUGCGAUGAAAAUAUGGAGGUGUUCAGGAACAAGUGGACCACAGACUUGUGGUAUCAAAAUUUGUUACCUUGAUGAUUGUAUAUAUACAGGGUCUUUACAUGUACAGUUUGUUGUUCACAUUUUUUUAUAACUUUCAUGGGCUGUUAUCGAGCUAAUAUCAAGCUAUAUCGAACUGUUAUUGAAUUAUCAAAAUUUGUUACCUUCAUAAAAAGAGUUUAUUAAUACAACAAGUUCAAAUGGGAAAAAAGAGUUUAAAGCCUA